AUGGCCAGCAAGCUCUGCAAGACCAGGGCCUUGGCCUCGGCCCUGCGGCCGAUCUCCCGCAGCAGCAGAAGCACUGAGGCCAUCGCCAAUGUCGCCGUUGUGCGCUCUUUCGCCACCACCCCCCGCCUCGGCGUGGCCCUCCCCAAGGAUGCCCCGAACCCGCGUGCCAUCCCCCGUGAGCCCGUGGGCGAGAUCAAGCAGGCCCUCGUCAACCCGGCCGAUAAGUACCAGAGCAAGGCCGACAACCUGCACAAGUACGGCGCGUGGCUCAUGAGCUGCCUGCCCAAGUACAUCCAGCAGUUCUCCGUCUGGAAGGACGAACUUACCAUCUACAUCUGCCCCACUGGCGUCAUCCCCGUUUUCUCGUUCCUCAAGUACAAUACCAAUGCCGAGUUCACCCAGGUCAGCGAUAUCACCGCUGUCGACUUCCCCACGCGCGAGAUGCGCUUUGAGAUCGUCUACAACCUGCUGAGCGUGCGGCACAACGCGCGCAUCCGCGUCAAGACCUACGCCGACGAGGUCACUCCGGUUCCCAGCAUUACCAGCCUGUACAUGGGCGCCAACUGGUACGAGCGUGAGGUCUACGACAUGUUUGGUGUGCUCUUUGUCGGCCACCCCGAUCUGCGCCGUAUCAUGACCGACUACGGCUUCGAGGGCCACCCGCUGCGCAAGGACUUUCCUCUUACAGGUUACACAGAGAUCCGCUACGAUGAGGAGAAGAAGCGCAUCGUCGUUGAGCCGCUCGAGCUUACUCAAGCCUUCCGCAACUUCGAGGGAGGCUCUAGCGCUUGGGACCAGGUCGGCCCUGGCAUCGAUCGCACUCCGGAUACGUUCAAGCUGCCUACGCCUAAACCUGAGGAGCAGUCGGAGGAGAAGAAAUGA